CUCUUGAAGGCGGAGAAUGAGAGGGGUGAUUCUUGUGGCCGUCUGGGCCACACUCUUGGCUACGGCAUUAGCCGCGGACGAGGAUCAAGCUACCGACAAUAAUUGGGCAUGGAAACUUUUUGAUGAAGAGCCACAACAGGACGAAUCGGACGAAGGUUUAAAAGACCUACGACAAUACAAUGCUGGUUUCAACCCUUCCUUUGGUUCGGACACCAAGUCGGGAAACGACGAACUCAAGACUGGGAAAACCGCAAUUCCCUGCGCCAAUGUGAAAAAACCCGAGGCGCCAAUUAAUGCAGAGGAAAUCAAGUGCUCCAACUACAGUGGUUGUGCUGCGCGGUGUCGAAAAAAUUACAACUUUCCCAAUGGAAAGAAACUGAUGACCCUAAAAUGCGAGGACAACCAGUGGAAGGUUCAGGGCGAAGACUGGGAAGUUCUCCCUCCUUGCCAGCCAAUCUGUCUGCCGAAGUGUCAAAACGGAGGCUUCUGCUUGGCACCGAAUCAGUGCAAAUGCCGGGCCGGUUUUUCGGGGCCCACUUGCCAGUUGCAUGACAAACCGUGCAUGAACCUUCCGUUAACACCAAGAAACUCGGCGCUCAAAUGCAACCCUCUGCAAACCCGGUGUAGAAUUGAGUGCAAACCAGGUUAUUAUCUUUCGGAAAUCAAUUCCAAUUGGACAUCUGUAACUUGCCGUGGUGGAAAUUGGGUGCCAAUACAGGAAAAGUGGCAAGUUGUACCGGAUUGCGAACCACACUGCGAUCCACCGUGUCAGAAUGGAGGAAAAUGCUUUUACCGCAACCGCUGCCAGUGCCCGAAUGAUUUCCUUGGGCGCCAGUGCCAAUAUCCAAGAAGCCAGUGUGAUUCGGAAAAGCUCAUAUUAAACGGAUUCAAUGGAGAUGCAAACUGCGUAGGCAACUCGGAAUCUGUCGAGUGCACUUUGUCAUGUCCCCAGGGUGGUAAAUUUUCAUUCACGCCUGCUUCAAAGUACACGUGUCUCUACGAAACUGGCGAAUUCACACCGAGCUCGAUUCCAACUUGCGAUUACGGGAAGCACAAGUUUGCCGACUUAAGCACACAUGAAAGUUUGGUCAAAGGAAUUGGAAAAGCGAGCUCAGUCGGACUGAUAAAUCGCGUGCCAGGUCGUUGCCUUUUCUGGGGUGCUUCACACGUGAAGACAUUUGACGGACUCCUCCUGAGUUACCAAAGCGACUGUGCGUACACUUUGCUCAAAGACGCAAAGGACAACAUUUUCACCAUAAACGUCAGGAAAAACUCAAAGAAGUGCACUGAUCGUCUAGAAUGUACUUUACAAAUCAUAGUUUAUUUUGAGAACCACAUCUUCAUGAUUCAAACUGAUGAUUCAGGAAAAGUGAUUUUAACCCAAAACGAAAACACCCUGAAAAUUCCCGCGCAAAUAAACGAGUUUUACGUUCAAAUGGUUGGUCCAGUCGCCUACAUUGGACUUCGCGCUUUUGGAGUGACGUUGAAAUGGGACACGAAAACGUUCAUUAUCGUGGAAUUGACUGGGCAUAUGUGGAACAGGACGGCAGGGUUGUGCAGCAGGCACGACGGGAAUCCAGAAAACGAAUUGGAAAAUCGAGAGGGAAAAAUCGUUGAAUCAGUCCCCGUCUUCCUUUCCAACUGGGAAUCCGAGUUCCUCAGCAAGCACUGCAGCCAAUCUGCUUCAACCGAACACCCUUGCACAUCAUCCAAUCAUAGUUCAGCCGCGACCGAAUUCUGCAACAAAAUGCAAAAUCACCCGGACUUCCAGACCUGUCGAGAGAAAUUGGACGUGCAGAAAUACUUUGACGCUUGUCGUUGGGAUUAUUGCGCCAGCAAAUCGACAAAGGGUGCUUGCGAGGCAGUUUCAAUGUUCACUUCAGAAUGCAAAAGGCUCGGCGUCGGGUUUUUGGGAAACUGGAGGGAUGAGUUUUCUUGUGCUUUGAACUGCAACGGCGGGACCGUUUACCAACAAUCGGGCCCAUCCACAAAGUUGACCUGCGCUUCACCUCGCGAACUGCAGAAUACAAAAACUUAUGAAGUCGAGGGGUGCUUCUGUCCGGAGGGCACCGUCCUGCACAACGGCGCGUGCGUCCCUCGGGAACAUUGCCCGUGCCAGUUGGGAGGAAAGUUUAUUGAAAAUGGAAAGACCAUUAAAAAGAAGUGCAACACUUGCGUUUGCAUGGGGGGAAUGUGGUCGUGCACAGAAGUGGUGUGUGGCGCACGUUGUUCGGCAGUCGGCGACCCGCAUUACAAGACAUUUGAUGGCAGAACGUACGAUUUUAUGGGCAAGUGCAAUUACUACCUAGUGAAGGGAGACGAUUACAGCAUUGAAGCUGAAAACAUUCAGUGCUCUGGAUCCAUUUCCGAGGCACUGGGACUCGAAGUCAGUGGAAGUCCAUCAUGCACAAAAACCAUCACAAUUCGAGCAAAUGGUUCGGUGAUACAUUUGAAACGAAAUCGCGACAUGAUUGUGAAUGGAAAAGAAAUCUCGGGGCUGCCUAUAAGAGUGGGCGAAAUAAUGAUUCAGCGAGCUUCGUCGCUCUUCAUAUUUGUCACGUUGCCGAGUGGACUGGAGGUUUGGUGGGAUGGCAUUUCGCAAGUUCAUGUUGAUGUCCCGCCAACAUUCGUGGAAAAAACCAAGGGGUUGUGCGGAACGUUCAACGGCAAGCAGGAAGACGAUUUCUUAACGCCGGAGGGUGACGUGGAGCCGACAGAGGAGGCGUUUGCAAAUAAAUGGAAGGUUUCGGAAAUUUGUAAAAAUGUGGAAAGCAGCAUCCAAGGGCAUCCGUGCGACGCACACCCCGAAAAGAGAGCGGACGCUGAGAAGAUUUGCGGCGUUUUGAAGAACAGCAGUUUCAGCGAAUGUGCUUGGCAAGUGGCGGUGGAGCCUUAUUAUCAAAACUGCUUGUAUGACGUGUGCUCUUGCGCCAACGAUGCCAAGAGUUGCUUCUGUCCCAUCUUUUCCGAUUACGGCCAAGAGUGCGCUUCGAAAGACAUCAAAGUGGACUGGCGCCAAGAAGUUGAAGAAUGCGAGGUCAAGUGUCCGGCCGGACAGACUUUCCAGCAGUGCGGCGACUCAUGCGCGCACACAUGCACAGCUCUGUCCGUCAACAAGCACUGCGAGGCCAAGUGCGUCGAGGGCUGCAACUGUCCACUUGGACAGACGCUGGACAAACACGGCGAGUGCAUCCAAGUGGCGCAGUGUCCGUGUUUGCUCGACGGAGAAGAAGUCGAAGCUGGAACUGAGAUGGUCAAGGAGAGCUCCAAGGGCGCUCAGCUUUGCAAAUGUGCUGGUGCCAAAUGGAGGUGUCAUUCGGCGAGUGAGGAGGAGAUUAAAAGCCACCCGAAUUCGAGUUCCUUGCGAAAACAGUGCGAUGCUUCAAAGCAUUUUGAGUACACCAAAUGCGAGCCAACUGAGCCUAGGACAUGCAAGAAUUUCCACGAGAGACACAACCCUGUUCCGGCGAUUUGCAAGCCAGGUUGUCAGUGCAAGAAUGGCUUCGUUCUAGACCCCCUGUCUAACACCUGCGUUCGGCCCACCGACUGUCCCUGUCAUCAUGGUGGAAAGAGCUAUUCUGACGGAGAAACUGUCAACGAAAAGUGCAACGUUUGCGAAUGUCGCGGUGGCAAUUGGAAUUGCACAUCACAGGUGUGCACUGGCACCUGCAACACCUGGGGUGGAUCGCACUUCAAAACCUUCGACGGCCGCAUUUACGACUUCCAAGGACUGUGCUCCUACGCUCUGGUCCAGUCCAAGGUUUCGCCGGAGGAAUCGUUCGAGGUCGCGAUCCAGACCGUCGUUUGCGGUUCGGGCGGCGUCACGUGCGUGCAGUCGGUGACUCUGAGCGUCGGCGCCGGAGACAACGCCGAGUCCUUCACCCUCACCAAGGAUGAACCGGUCCCCAGCAACGCAAUUGCAUUCAAAAGAACUACUUUCCGCGAAAUCGGUCAGAAUGUAAUUGCUGAAGUAUUUGACCUAGGAAUCGUCGUCUUCUGGGACAAGAGCACGCGCGUUUACGUUCAUUUGGACCCCAAGUGGAAACAGCGUGUGAGCGGUCUGUGUGGAAACUUCAAUGAAAACGACGGUGACGAUUUCCAAACACCUUCUGGCGGCAUUACUGAAGCUUCUGAGAAAAUUUUUGGCGACUCGUGGCGUUUGAACUCUGAAUGUCUUGACGCAACUGACCCAAUCGAUGCUUGCGUCACUCAUCCGAGCCGAAAAGCCUGGGCCGCCGAAAAGUGUGACGUUUUGAAAGACUCCGUGUUCCAACCUUGCCACUCCGAGGUGCCAGUCGAGCGAUAUUGGCAGAGUUGCAUGCAAGACACCUGCUCUUGCGAUCUGGGAGGCGACUGCGAUUGUCUGUGCACAGCCAUUGCCGCCUACGCCCAAGAGUGUAACGCGAAUGGUGUGCCAAUUAAAUGGAGAACACCAGGACUAUGCCCGAUGCAAUGCGACGAAAAAUGUUCUCAGUACAGCUCAUGCAUUUCAACGUGCCCUCUUGAAACGUGCGAUGAUUCUCUGCGAUUCAACAGUCAAAAUCAACUGUGCAAACAAGAAACUUGCAUUGAAGGAUGCCAGAUGGACCCGUGCCCCGAUGGUCAGAUAUACAAAUCUGUCAGUGACCUGAGAUGUAUUGCAGAGAGCUCUUGCAAGCCAAUUUGCAUGAUUAAAGACAAUGUCACUUACUACGAGGGAGACUUGGUUGAGCAAGAUGAUUGCCAUACAUGCCACUGCUCCAAACACAAGACAAUUUGCCGAGGCGAGCCUUGCAUGAAAGACAGCAUUGCAACUGAACCCGUCACAAAUGCAACCAGAUCAAUUACUUAUUCUACUGUUUCUGUCACUUUUACAACUCAGCCUGUCACUUAUGCUACCGAGCGCGUCACAACAACGGAACCUACGACCACCGAAACGUUUACACAUCAUUGGUGCGAGGAUGGCUGGACUGAGUGGUUCAACAAUUCGCACCCCGAGAGGGAAUCUGGUGAUUAUGAGUACAUUGCAGACAUCAGGAAUAAGGGUGGAAAGAUUUGUUCCCAAACCGAGAUCAAAAAGGUCGAGUGCAAAUUCAUAGACAAUCAAGGCAGUGCCGCUAAAGGUGUUAAAACGGCUAAAAGGAAGGGGGUGCUGAAGGGUUUUAAAGAAUCGGGCGACAUUGCAACUUGCAGGAAGAAAAUUGGCCUCACUUGUAAAAACGCCGAGCAAGUUGACAUGAUUUGUGAGGACUACGCAAUCAGAGCCUUGUGCGAGUGUGAAAAAUCAACAACUGUGCAGGAAAGCACCACACCUCGAAUUGAAGUUAGCACGCCCGAGUGUCCGCCUGGAUAUGAAUGGAGGAAUUGUCUGCGUGAAUGCAGCGAGCUUUGCCAUUCUUACAAGGGCCCACUGUUCAAACAAAGUGUUUGCACUGAUGAAUCAAAGUGCAUAUCAGGUUGUGGCAAAAUAGGCCAGAGAUGCGAAUUUGGGCUCAAGUGGCGUUCGGAUGACGUUUGCGUGACAGAAGAAAGCUGCACUUGUCUCGCUAAUGACGGCACCGUGGUUCAACCUGGAGCGACCCACUACGAAGAAAACAACUGCUUGAAAUGCCAGUGUCACGACAACCACUACAAGUGCCUGAAAGUUCCAUGCUCCACGGCCACCACAACAGAGGAGUCUUCCACAGAGCCAGGCACCAUGAGACAAGGAACACCUUCGGAAACUUGCGACGUUUGGUCAAAGUGGAUCAACGAACACAAAAAGUCAGAGUCCGAAGAUCGGUUUGAGAAAGAAGGAAAAUCUCUCCAGCAAUUGCGCAACGACAGUUUUUGCUUGGAUGGUCACCUCAGCAAAAUCGAAUGCUUUUCGGUCGGUCUCGGAAAGGACUAUCGAAGCACGCGCAACGUCAAAGUCAAGUGCGAUUUGCACUCGGGGCUCACCUGUCUUGACAGUGAUCAGGCCUCCCUAUCCAGAUGCUUGGACUACAAAAUCAGAUACUACUGCUCAUGUGGAGCAACAGAAACAGGAUAUCUUGAAGAAAAUUUCACAACCGAGCCCACGACAGUGACAACACAGGUUACGACACUGGUCACGAUUAUUUCCAGCACAAUUACACCGCCUCACAAAUGCAACCCUGACAUGUACACAUAUCUAAUUAACGGAGACUCGCCUCUCAGCGACCAGGCAUUUUCUGCCAGCUCAAGUUCAUCAAACUCAAAGUUUGGUCCAAGCCGAGCCAAAAUGAAUCAUACCAUUGAGUCAGAUUACACUUGGAUUGCUGGCGAAGACGACACGGAGCAAUUUUUGCAGGUUGAUUUGGGUCGAGAAGUGCCUGUUUAUGGAAUUAUCCUACGAGGCAAUCCGUUGACAGAGCAAUUUGUCACCAGCUACAAAAUUCUGUACAGUUUAAACGGCUUCACUUUCUCGCCAGCCACCGACGUUUAUGGAAAAGAAAAGAUUUUCCGAGGCCCAAUAGAUAGCCGAUCUAAGGCAAGAGAAAUUGUGCCAAUUCCGUUUGAAGCUCGGUAUGUGCGAAUCAGUCCUCAGACCUGGCAAAACGGCAUUGCUUUGAAACUAGAAAUAAUUGGCUGCUCCGAAAUCACAACUUCGCCUCCUACAUCUACUGAAGUUGAGUUCUUGUGCGAUGAACCAAUGGGCUUGGAGGAUGGAAGAUUGCAGGAAGGCUCCAUUUCUGUCUCAUCUGUACUAAACGGGGCAUCCGACAAAUUUGGCGAAAACUUUGCAAGACUUGGAGCCACGUCUGCGUGGAGAACCAACAGGAAUGCCCAAAACGAAUGGAUUGUGCUUGAUUUCACGGGCCCGAGAAAAAUUACUGCUAUAUCAACGCAAGGCGACACAAAUUCAGACACUUGGGUCACAGCCUAUACUGUUCAGUACAGCCAAGACGGCCACAGCUGGAAUGACAUUUUGGACCAGGGCAGAAAGAAAGAGGAGUUCCUGGCUAAUGUUGAUUCUUCCACACCAUACAAAAACUCUUUUGGCCGAGAAAUUGAGGCUCAAUACUUGAAAGUGACCCCUGUAAAAUGGCAUGGCGGAAUCAGCAUGAGGAUUGAAAUUUACGGAUGCUUCAUACCGUAUGAAUAUUCGACAUCGACCGCUCCCACGACCACCACCGAGUCCAUCAAGCGCGAAGAGUGCCGACUUUGUCCAAACCUGCCGAAUGAGAAAACGGAGAACUGUCUUCCGUGUUUGAACGGCCUUCUGUGGAACGGCCUCGAUUGCGUUCCUCAAGCCGACUGCUCUUGCUACGUCGGUCAGCUCGAGUACCCCGUGGGCACCCCUUUCGAACUGCAGGACUGCCGCCAGUGUCAGUGCACCCUUGGCGGGGUCGAACAGUGCCAAAUCAAGGUUUGUCCGGUGUGCCAAGACCCAAAACACCACAGCGUCCUGACUCAGACGUGCGCCUGCAUCUGCAAACCCUGCCCAGAGGACUCGGUCAUUUGCCCUUCGAGCAGGACGUGCGUCCUGAAGACACAGUGGUGCGACGGCGUUGAGCAUUGUCCGGACGACGAAAGGAACUGCACCAAAAAAAUUGAAUGUGAACCUGAGCCUGAAUGUGAUGGAACCGUGAUUAAAAAAGAGGUCGCACCUGUGAAGAAAGGUGGCAUCAAAUCCACGAAAUCCACCCAAACUGUCGAGAUUUCCGAGUGCCCAAUUUACGAGUGCAUUCCUCCUCCAGAGGAUUAUGAAUGCACCUUGGAGGGAAAUUCUCUGCAGACCUUUGACAUAACGACCCUCAAAGCGGAAAUUUGUGACCACAUUUUGGCAACAGACAAGGACGAAUGGCGAAUCACAGCAACCAAUGAGUGUCCGGAGUCAACAAAGUGUGGAAGAUUUGCGACAGUUGUGAUCCCCAACCACGUCAUCAAGCUCUAUUCAGAUUUCAGUAUCGAGUUCAACGGCUACAAAUAUGACGUUCCUCAGACUCAAGCAAUUGCUGCGAACUACGGAGAGUUUGAAAUUAAAAGACUAGGCGAUUAUCUCGUAUUUGAAUCGCAUCACUAUGGCUUCUCUCUGGUUCUGGACGAAGAGGGCGAUAUCGACAUACGGGUUCCGAAUAAAUUGCGUGGAAAAGUGAGCGGACUAUGCGGUUUUCUGAACGGCAAGUCCCAUGACGAUAAAACCAAACCGGACGGCACUUUAGCGUCGAGCACUGCUGAAUUUGUCAAUAGCUGGAAGGUCGAAAACUCGCAGGUUGAUUGCAAGAAAACGGACUGUCCGGUAGAAAGGCAUCGGCAGGCGGUCGAAGCUUGCACGUCCAUCAGCAAAAGCUCAGCUCUUAAAAACUGCAACACAACCACCAAUUGGAAUCACUUUUUGGAAGUCUGCAUGGAUGAGGUGUGCAAGUGUCUUGAGAACGAACGCGAGCAGACAUGCAAAUGCAAGGCGGCGGCCAAGCAUGCGAGAAAGUGUCUAUCAAAGAAGGGUGGUUUUGACCUUUCGCAUUGGAGGACUGAAGUUGGCUGCCCGAUUGACUGUCCGCCUGGAGAAGUGCACCAUGACUGUUACAUACACAAGUGUGAACGAAGCUGCGAUGAACUGCAGGCGCCGUGUUCCAACGAGGAUAAAAAGCGUUGCUACUCAGGUUGCUUCUGUGCCGAGGGUCUUGUCAGGAAGGGCGACAAGUGUGUCAAGCCAGAGGAAUGCCAAGAUUGUAUCUGUGAAGGAUUUGGUGAUCCGCACUACAUCACAUACGACCGUCGCAAUUUUACCUUCAACGGAAAUUGCACAUAUCUUGCCUCGAGGGACAUUAGCAUCACCGGAGAGCACCAGUUUGAAAUUCUAGUCACCAAUAUUGAGUGCAUUGAGGAGCCCGGGACCACUUGCACAGAAGGAGUCACCAUUGUGCAUCAGGGCCAUGUCGUAAACAUGAGGCGCGAGGAGAAGCAGAAAAGGAUUUUGACCACGCUGGAUGGCGAUUUGCUUGAAAAAUUCCCCUACUCUGAUAGUUGGUUGACCAUCGAAGUUGUUGCUAAAAAUCAGGUCUCGGUGCAUCUGAAGAACCUCAAUAUCCUUGUCAGCUACUUAUUCAACGAUUACGCUUUUGAAAUUCGUUUACCUUCACAUACGUUCGGAAGUAAAGUUGAAGGACUUUGCGGAAAUUGUAAUGCGGAUCAAAGUGAUGAUUUCAAAAAAAUUAAUGGCAACUUUUCUGACAACACUGAUGAGUUUGGCAUGAGCUGGCUGGUUAAAAACCCACCAAAAGGAAUCCUGACUGAAAUGGAUUGCAAAGUGUUACAAGUUGAAGAAUGUGAGCAGCCAAUGCCUGAAAACGAUCCUUGUUUGUUGCUGAUGAGCACUGAUAAAUUUGGAAAAUGCCACAAAGCAUUUAAUCCUGCAAAGUACAUUCAAGCGUGCCAGUACGACGUGUGCCACAGCAAAGACAAACAGGGGGCCGCGUGCAGAAGUAUUGAGGCGUACGCGCGACGGUGCCUGACUUCGAAUAUCUGUUUGGAUUGGCGCUCGGAUGAUUUGUGUCCUUACAAGUGUGGCGCUGGAUUGGAAUAUCAACCUUGCGGUUCUGGUUGUGCAAAGACGUGCGAAUCUCUCGACCAACAGGACAAAUCUUGCGAGUUUGGAACCACCGAGGGCUGCUUCUGUCCAGAAGAUCACGCUUUAAGAUCUGGAAAGUGUGUGCCAAAGAAUCACUGCAAGGCUUGCGACUUGGAAGGACACUUUGUUGGCGACACCUGGCAGCCAAGCAAGUGCGAAAAUUGCACCUGUAUAGAAUCGAUUGAUGGCAAUAACUUGGUAACGUUGAAGAAGGAAUGCUCACAACGCAAAUGCGAGUCAAAGAUUUGCGCUUGGAAUGAGCGGCUGAAGGUUGUGCCUGGAACAGAAGACAACUGUUGUCCCGAGGAAAGAUGCAUCCUGGAAAUUCAAUGCGACAGCCCAACAGAACCAAUUUGCAGCAAGUAUCAAGAAAAGAAAACCAUCACCAAAGAUGGAUGCACCGAAUACGUCUGUGUUUGCAUUUCUGAGGAUCGCUGUCCUCCUUCGGAAAAUGUGCAAAACCCAGGUCCAGGAAUGGUUAAGACGGUUGUUACAGGGGAGUGCAACUGCACAGAUGUCAAAUACAUUUGUGACAAAGAAAAAUGCCCUCCAAAACCAGUGUGCAAAAGCAAAUAUUAUAAGAUCGAAGUUGUGCUCGGAACAGAGGGAAAUUGCUGCCCAGAACAAAUUUGCGUGCCGCCAAAGGAUGCUUGCAUUUAUACUCCAGAUAACAGCGCUUCAAAGAAAGGUGGUCAGAAGACAAAAACUACCACGGUGAAAGUUGAGGAAUUUCACCAGGUUAACUCAACUUGGCAAGAGGGCCCCUGUCAUAAAUGCGACUGCGUUUAUCAAUUAGAUGGUCCCCCAAGCGUCGUUUGCUCGGCUAAGUCAUGCCUGGCAAUUAGUGAAAAUUUGGAUUACAAGGAAUCAGAAAUCGUCAUUCCUGGCCAGUGCUGUCCCGAAAUAAAAAGGGUCGCCUGCAAGGCGGGUGGGAAAACGUACAAAGAAGGCGAGUCGUGGACUCUUGAAGGGGAUCCUUGCAAAGUGGUCAAGUGCGAAAAAGAGAGCGGCGUUUUGCAAAAAACAACCAUCCAGACUGCGUGCAACAAAACUUGCGAUUUGGGUUGGAGGUACUAUGCCCCUGAGGAAGGCAAGUGCUGCGGAAAUUGCAUCCAAGAAGAAUGCGUGUUGGACGGAACAGUGUACGAAAUCAACGACCAAUGGACAUCCCCGGACAAGUGCACAAAAUACAGCUGCAUGCGGUCCUCUGACGGACAGAUACAAAUAAGUUCUUCAGAAACCGCAUGUCCGUCAUUAACAAAAUGCCCACCCGAAAAACAAAUUAAAUCUCCUGAUGGAUGCUGUACCAUUUGCAAGAUUGUCCCUGAAGAUAAAAAAACUUGCGGUGUCAAGUUGUUGUCUGAUGAAGAAACCAGAGCUCUGAUCAGCAACGAAACAAUUGCUGACGGAAAAUGCAUCAAUACAGAACCAAUUAAAGGUCUCAAAAUUUGUGACGGAUAUUGCAAAUCUGGAACUCACUACAGCUCAACAACAUCUGAGCAAAUUGUGGAUUGUAACUGUUGCCAAGGUUUGGAGUUUGAACUGAUAGAAGUAGAGGUGAAAUGCGAAGAUGGUAAUCAAUAUACGAAGAAAAUUCGAGUCCCGACGCUCUGUGAAUGCAAUGCCUGUUCUGCAUUUCAAUCUUCCUUAAUUUCAAACGAACCAAGGCAGGAGAGUGAACCUCUGUACGAUAUUCUUCCAGCCAAUUAAAAAAACCAUCACUCCAUUGAGCAUCGGAAAUUCUUGAUUUUAUAUGUUACUAACUAUAUUUUGUUUUAAUUCCCCUAACCAAGUUUAUUUCCUGUUUGAUUUUUAACCACAUAACUUAAAUAUUUAAAUACUUAUGAAAUUACCUUUUUCUAAGUUUUAAAUAAAAUGCAUAAAAAGA